UCCCAACUGCAGGCGGCAGAGCCAAUUCAUACAACGGACGCCCUUGGGUGGCACACCAGCGAGCCACUGGAGGCAGUCUAACACUGGUCCUUGAAACAGUUCUACUGAUGUGACGGUAGUGGGGGGGGGAGGGCAGUAGCAAAGUCUGCACAGAUACAAAAACUGAAAGUGUGUUCAGUACAAGAGGCAGAUCCACUGGAUGUGGGUCUUGUCACUGAUGAGCCAGAGGAUCUCAGCUGCAGAAUUCAAGACGAGAGAAAAAGCGCAUCCUCACUGCCUCAGGGCUACCUAUCUUCUGCCUGGCUGGCGUCAAGGUGCGGAGACGAGGGAGGGAGCGCCCACUCGGUUAAAACUAUCUGACAAAAUUACACCCCGGUGACUCCGCACCUACCUUGGUAGAGACACAGAGGUUGGGAUGGCGAAGGAAACGAGAGGGAAAGCCGCUUCCCGCAAGCACAGUAUCUCCCACUGGCGGAUGCAGGACAUUGCACAGGAGUCCGUUGACAGCUCAGAUGAGGAGUUUUUCGAUGCCAGAGCAGAUGUCCUGGAUGGGAAGAGUGCCAUCCUCCUGGGGAUGAGUCAGUGGAACUCCAACGACCUGGUGGAGCAGAUCGAGACCCUGGGACACAUGGACCAAUCACAAGAGAGCCUUUAUCGCCUGGGGCGUCCUCGCUGUGUCCCUCAGAGCAGCAUUGAUGGAUUAGAGGACAUGGAGAAGACCCAGUGUAAGACCCACGUGUUGCUGCUGGUGAUGCAUGGUGGGAACAUCCUGGAUACGGCAGGGGGAGACCCUGGCACCAAGGCUGGCGAUGCCACCACGCUGUCCUCUGUGCUGGAGAAGGUGGCUCGAGCACACUUCCAGGCUGCUGCAGAACAUGUGAUGAUCAAGCUAGUGGCCUGCCCAGCUGUGUGUGCCGAGGCCUUCUCCCUUGUCUCUAAUCUGAACCCGUACAGCUAUGACGAGAGCUGUGUAUCCAGCAGCGUUGACCACCUGCCCCUGGCUGCCCUCCCGCUCCUUGCCAUCGCAGCGCCAAACUACCAGGACGCCGUGGCUACUCUCAUCACCCGCACCAACCAGGUCUACCACAGCUUCCUCGAGUCCCAGGACGGACAGGGCUUCACUGGCCAGGUGUGUGUGAUGGGCGACUGUGUGGGAGGUGUGUUGUGCUUCGACGCCCUGUGUUUCAGCAGCAGCAGUAGUAGCAGCCAGAGGCAGCACAGCAGCCCCAGCCACAGCAGCAGCAGGAACAACAGCACUGAGAGCCUCAAGGAUAACCCUGAGGACAGCCCCUGUCACAGCCCCAGCCUGGGCCUCAGCUCCAGUAAGAGGCUGAGUAAGAGCAACAUUGAUAUCUCGGCAAUGCCCAGCGAUGGACACAGCCAAGCCAGACAGCCCCUCAGCAGGAAACAGAGUGACUCGUACGAUGGAGACACAUCUACAGGACAACACAGCUUCUUCAGCAGUCUGAUGCAGGAAGGGGUGGACCUGCGUCCCGGCAGCAGCAGUAGUCUGAUUUUGAACCCAGGGAGGUUUGACUUUGAGGUCUCCGAAUGUUUCCUGCUGGGCUGUCCACUGGGCCUGGUGCUGGCCAUGAGACGUACAGUACUGCCUGCUGUCCAGGUAAGCCAACUCCGUCCUGCCUGCAACCAGAUCUUCAACUUGUUCUACCCCUCGGACCCCUCUGCCUCCAGACUGGAGCCCCUGCUGGAGCCCCUGUUCCACAAGCUGCCCCCCUUCCCCAUGCCACGCUACCAGCGCUACCCCCUGGGAGACGGACGCUGCACACUAAUAGCUGACGGUAUCCAGAGCCACCCAGAGGUGUUCCUGGAGGCAGAGCCCAGUCCUGGUGCCCCGACCGUGCCCCCUUCCCCUGAAACAGACAGUGGGAGGAGAGGUGGCGCAGGGCCAGUGUGUCCAGCAUGGACAGUGAGACGUCUGUCUGCUCUGUGGCUGUGGGGCUCUAAGAGGUUGGACUAUUCUCUGUACUGUCCAGACGUCCUGACCUCCUUCCCCACUGUGGCACUGCCUCAUCUCUUCCAUGCCUCCUACUGGGAGUCCACUGAUGUAGCUGCGUUUGUGCUCCGACAGCUCAUGCGAUGCGACAGUGUGAAGACCCAGGAAGCUGACAGCAAGGACUCAGCCCCCUUCUCUCCAUCUAGCCCACGGGAGAAGUGGCUUCGCAGGAGGACGCCUGUCAAACUGAGGAAUGUGACUGGCAACCACAGGGUGAAUGAUGUCAUCACCACAGAGGAGGGACCACAGACUCUGGUUGGUCGGUUCAUGUACGGCCCCUUGGACAUGGUGACUCUGACUGGAGAGAAGGUGGACAUUCUCCUGAUGACCCAGCCCCAGUCCGGCCGCUGGGUCCACUUUGACACAGAGGUGACCACCAGUAGUGGCAGAGUGGUCUACACCAUCCCCAAGAGCAAGAAGCUGGCCACCGGGGUCUACCCUAUCAAAAUGGUGGUCAAGGGAGAUCAGACGAGUGCGGAGGCCUACCUGACGGUGCUGCCCAGGGGGAUGGAGUGUGUGGUCUUCAGCAUCGAUGGCUCCUUCGCUGCUAGCGUCUCCAUCAUGGGCAGCGACCCUAAAGUCCGUCCCGGAGCUGUGGACGUCGUCAGACACUGGCAGGACCUGGGCUAUCUUAUCAUCUACAUCACAGGGAGGCCAGACAUGCAGAAGCAGCGUGUGGUAUUAUGGCUGUCCCAACACAACUUCCCCCAGGGCAUGAUCUUCUUUUCUGAGGGCCUGGUCCACGACCCACUGAGACAGAAAACCAUCUUCCUCAGGAACCUAGUGCAGGAGUGUCACAUUAAGAUCAACUCAGCCUAUGGCUCCAUGAAGGACAUCUCCGUGUACAACAUGCUGGGUCUGAGUCCUUCCCAGAUUUAUAUUGUGGGCAGGCCUUCCAAGAAGUACCAGAAUCAAUUUCCUAAGUGAUGGCUAUGCAGUGCACCUCUCCUCACUGCAGUUUGGCCACCGGGCCAGACCCAAGAAGCUUUCCUCAGUGCGCAUGGUCCUGAAGAAAGGCUCCUUCGGCCUCACUGCCAAACCUGACUUCCUGUGUAAACGCACCCACCUCAGGAGAACCAUGUCUGUCCAACACCCUGAUCCUCCCUGCACCCCCAACCCCAAGCCUGAGCGGGCCCAGAGCCAACCAGAGUCUGACCAGGACCCCGGGGGAGGAGGGGGCGGCGGCUAUGGUGUCUGGGGGCGGGCCUCCAUGCACCGUGGAGACACGACACCCUGACGGAUAGAGAGAGAUGGAGGGAUGAUGGAAGAGUAGGAGGACAGGGGUCUCAGUGUCCAGGGUCAAGUGUCGUCACCUAUAUUGGAUCUUCUGCUGGUAUCAGUUGUGUUAACCUCCUGCUUGGCUGCUUGGCCCUCUACACUUCUUCAACAGCUGCCCUUCUCCACUCCCAGGACUCAGUAGAUGAAAUUCCUCAAGCUUUCUCCUAAUGCUUGAAACAGCCAUGAAUUCAUUCUAAUGCUGUCUCUCAAGCUCAAAUUAUGUCCAAUGUGGCAAAAGUUUUUUCAGUGGCAGUGCUAAUGAAUCAAUGUGUUAUCUUUUGUCAAGCCGAGAGAGAGAGACACUUUGGUCAUUUGUAAAAUGGUGCAGAAACAUUUGCUGCAGAACAUUAGAUCAACACACAGAUGCAACCAGAGUCAUAUGACAGAAGACUCCCUCUCAUUCCCCACUGGGAAGACUAACAGAGAAGAUCCUGUUGAAACCUAUGGAGGAAUGUUCUAGCCCAAGCAAUACACCACCAGGAGAUGUUCCAGACAGUGUGUUCAUUGACCUGCUGUGUUGACAGGUGGCAGAGCUACACUGACAGACUCCUGCAAUUAUUCUCUAUGUAAAUAGGACAGACAUCUUGUCCCUCUCUAUGGUCUGUAUCCCCAGGAGCGCUGUGGGGCCUCUGGCUGCUUCACGCUGGGGACAUUAAUCUUAUGUUCCUCAGCCCGGCUGACCUAAACUAACCCCACUCCAGUCUCAGCCCUAUAGCCAUCCAUCCAUCUCUCCCUCUCUCAUUCAGUCAGUCAUUGAGGCAGAACAUGGCUUCAGACAGCAGCCUGGUAGGGGGUCCAUGGCCACUGGUUGCUCUGACUUGCACUAUACAAGUACUACAGUAUACCGUGGUGCUUGGUGGGCUGUAGUUCUGUGGAAUGCCUGUGGAAUGCUGUUACUCCUGUUGGCUCAGAUACGAUAGCGGGAUUUGCUUGCUGUUGUGAUCUUAUAUCUGUCCGCAGAUGUUGAACUACAUGUUUUACUCCUUCUCUGUCGAGUUUCUGGGCUUGUAAGAUAUGCUUUGUAAAGCUGUUUGAGGGAAGGCUUGUACUGAAUUGACUGAAAUUGUUUACAGGUUUGUGAUCAGAUAGACACAGACAUCAGAGUAGUCAUGACGACCUCUCAUGAGGAAUGAUGAAAUCAAAUAUUUGAUUUUGUUAUGGUCAAAAGUCUAAGACAUGGAACUGACAGUUGUAAGAGAAUAAGUCCUAUUAACGUUAUAUCUUGCAAUAGAUCCUAACUUUCUUGUCAGGUGAAAUAACAUCAUUCAGAAUGCUAUAGUUAGCAUCCAUUUUAGGAAAGCUACAUGUUGAACUGUGAGGGUCAUUGGGACUAAUGAAGGGGCAUGUCUAUUGAUGAGAUACCAUGUCACCGUAUCAUACAUUGUACUAUGGUGGGUUAGGAAAAGAUCUCACCUCUCUGUGCAACACACAUAUUUUUCUAUGAUGAAAAACUGUGUGCAGAAAUAUUUUAAAAGUGUGUUUUUUAAACUUUGUUGUUUAAUGUGACUGAUAGUUACUUUUGCCUUAAUAUGUAUUUUGUUGUUGUGUAGAAUUAUGAAAAUUAUGUUACUAACCUAAUUGCUUGACCAAAGUAUGAGUUUGACAUUCAUGAGAAAGUACAUUGUAUCUACUUGAUAUUUUGUCUUGUAUACAUUUUAAGUAUAUGCUGGAAUGGAGUCAUGCUUCAUGUAUGCACUGUGUGUGUGUGUGUGUGUGUUGUGUGUGUGUGUGUGU